GGCUGUCAGUUAGCGUGGGGCCAGCCAGCGAGCGAGAGAGCCGGAGAGAGCCAGAGAGCGCCGCUCCGCUCCCAGCUCCGAGCAGCGCAGCGCCGGCCAGGCUCUCCCCGGCCACCGCCGCCACCACCGCACCUCUGCACCGCCACCUGGGCCGCCGCCCCCGCCCACCCCGGCCCUCCCCGGCUGCUGCUCCCAGGCGGAGGCAAGAGGUGGUUGGGGGGGACCAUGGCUGACGUUUACCCGGCCAACGACUCCACGGCGUCUCAGGACGUGGCCAACCGCUUCGCCCGCAAAGGGGCGCUGAGGCAGAAGAACGUGCACGAGGUGAAGGACCACAAAUUCAUCGCCCGCUUCUUCAAGCAACCCACCUUCUGCAGCCACUGCACCGACUUCAUCUGGGGGUUUGGGAAACAAGGCUUCCAGUGCCAAGUUUGCUGUUUCGUGGUUCACAAGAGGUGCCAUGAGUUCGUUACUUUCUCUUGCCCGGGUGCAGACAAGGGGCCCGACACUGAUGACCCCAGGAGCAAGCACAAGUUCAAGAUCCACACUUACGGAAGCCCCACCUUCUGUGACCACUGCGGCUCCCUGCUCUAUGGACUCAUCCACCAGGGGAUGAAGUGCGACACCUGCGACAUGAAUGUUCACAAGCAGUGUGUGAUCAACGUCCCCAGCCUCUGCGGAAUGGAUCACACAGAGAAGAGGGGGCGGAUUUAUCUGAAGGCCGAAGUCACUGAUGAAAAGCUCCACGUCACGGUACGAGAUGCAAAAAAUCUAAUCCCCAUGGAUCCGAAUGGGCUCUCAGAUCCUUACGUGAAGCUGAAACUCAUCCCUGACCCCAAGAAUGAAAGCAAACAGAAAACCAAGACCAUCCGCUCCACACUAAACCCUCAGUGGAACGAGUCCUUCACAUUCAAGUUAAAGCCUUCAGACAAAGACCGACGACUCUCUGUAGAAAUCUGGGACUGGGAUCGAACGACACGGAAUGACUUCAUGGGUUCCCUUUCCUUUGGUGUCUCAGAGCUGAUGAAGAUGCCAGCCAGUGGAUGGUACAAAUUGCUCAACCAAGAAGAAGGUGAAUACUACAAUGUGCCCAUCCCAGAAGGAGACGAAGAAGGCAAUGUGGAGCUCAGGCAGAAGUUUGAGAAAGCCAAGCUCGGCCCUGCUGGUAACAAAGUCAUCAGCCCGUCUGAAGACAGGAAGCAACCAUCUAACAACCUUGACAGAGUGAAACUCACAGACUUCAAUUUCCUCAUGGUGCUGGGGAAGGGGAGUUUUGGGAAGGUGAUGCUCGCUGACAGAAAGGGAACAGAGGAGCUGUACGCCAUCAAAAUCCUGAAGAAGGACGUGGUGAUCCAGGAUGAUGACGUGGAGUGCACCAUGGUGGAGAAGCGGGUGCUGGCGCUGCUCGACAAGCCCCCCUUCCUGACGCAGCUGCACUCCUGCUUCCAGACAGUGGACCGGCUAUACUUCGUCAUGGAAUAUGUCAACGGUGGGGACCUCAUGUACCACAUUCAGCAAGUAGGGAAAUUUAAGGAGCCACAAGCAGUAUUCUACGCAGCAGAGAUCUCCAUUGGCCUGUUCUUUCUGCACAAAAGAGGGAUCAUUUACAGGGAUCUGAAGCUGGACAACGUCAUGCUGGAUUCAGAAGGACAUAUCAAAAUCGCUGAUUUUGGGAUGUGCAAGGAGCAUAUGAUGGAUGGAGUCACGACCAGGACCUUCUGUGGGACUCCCGACUACAUUGCCCCAGAGAUAAUCGCUUACCAGCCUUAUGGAAAAUCCGUGGAUUGGUGGGCGUAUGGUGUGCUGCUGUACGAGAUGCUGGCCGGGCAGCCUCCGUUUGAUGGUGAAGAUGAGGACGAGCUGUUCCAGUCUAUAAUGGAGCACAAUGUGUCCUACCCCAAGUCCUUGUCGAAGGAAGCCGUCUCCAUCUGCAAAGGACUUAUGACCAAACACCCCGCCAAGCGGCUGGGCUGCGGGCCUGAGGGAGAGCGGGAUGUCAGAGAGCAUGCCUUCUUCAGGAGGAUCGACUGGGAAAAACUGGAGAACAGGGAGAUCCAGCCACCAUUCAAGCCCAAAGUGUGCGGCAAAGGAGCAGAAAACUUUGACAAGUUCUUCACGCGAGGGCAGCCCGUCUUAACACCGCCAGAUCAACUGGUCAUUGCUAACAUAGACCAGUCUGAUUUUGAAGGGUUCUCAUAUGUCAACCCCCAGUUUGUGCACCCGAUCUUGCAAAGCUCUGUAUGAAAUCCACAAAGGAGAGAUCAAAUGCCUCCCCAGUCCCCAGCCCCCCCCCCCCGCAGCAGUGGGAAAUGUUCCUUAACCCUAAAAAUUUAAGUCUAUGGCCUUGUUUGUUAUUCCACACAGAGGCCUGAAAAUUCUAAGGACGUUAGUCCAUAAGUGAUCAACUUUUCAGGAUCUCUCUGUCUCUCUCUCUCUCUCUCUCUCUCUCUCCUCUUCUACAACCAAGAACAUUAUCUUAGGGGAUGAUGACAUAAUGUACAGAGUCCAGCUUAAUUAUGUAGAAGCACAUCUGGCUCUAAGUUAAUUCUUCUUAGAAAACAAAGAGAUUUGUACCCCUUCCCAUUUUUGGUAUGAUCUGAUAUCUUCUCUACACCCUCCAUCUUUGGAUUCUCAUCAUCAGGAUCCCUCAGCCAGAGGUAGUGAAGUGAACCUGCUCCAGCUCAAAGGCUGGAAGCAUCUCGACCCAAGAUGUCUUUGGAAGGAAACAGCAGGAAGCCCAAAGAGUAAGCAAGGAGAGGUUGGGGUGUAGAACCUCCAAGACUCCAUCGCUUCUGUUCUCUGCUUCAGUGGAAACAGACCCUAGAAUCUGAGAGGGCAGAAUGAACCUUAUCACCGUCCCCAAACGUCACAGUACAACCACAGUACAGCAGUUUAAGAACGAAAGAAAACUUCAGACGAAUAUUCGUUGAAUCUAUCAUCUGGGUUGCCCUACUUGGUUGGUAACUAUCUUGAUGACUCAUUCUUUUUAAGAGGCCAAAUCAUCUAAGGACAUUGCUAAACAAGCAUGUGAAAUCAUUUCAGAUCAAGGAUAAACCAUGUGUAUGUUCAUUUUAAUCUCCGGGAGAUGAUUCCUCAAUCCAGGGUGCCAUCAGUAAUUAUCAUGCCACUAUUCGCGAGUGUUGUUAGCCAACCCCACACACACAUGAUAAUAUUUUACUACCUUUGUGGGUACCCUUCCUCAGAAGCUGACGUGUAUGACCCCACCCCUUUUUGUACUAUUUAUUUAAUAAGCUGCAGUGUCGUUUAUGAAAGUACAAUGUAUAGUAAUUUAAUCAAAGUAUUGAGUAGCAUCAGCCCCUAUUGAUGGAUUUUUCUCCUUUCUCUAGCCCUAAUAUCCACUUAGAGAUGAAAAACAAUAUAGUUUGGGUUCCCCUUUCCAGUUCCUAUUGAAUGACACACCUGGAGCUGUAGGAUCAAGAUACUUUAUGCUUAUAUCAGCUCAAAGUUGUUUUUCUUGCUAGAAGGAUUUUACUAUGUUUUGUGAGUGCAUCAUGCAAUGGAUUUUGCAUGUUUAUAAUAAACCUUAAUAGCAAGUUAAUCUAUAUUAUUGAUAUAAUUGUAUCAAGUAUAAAGAGUAUUAUGAUAAUUUUUAUAAGACACGAUUGUGCUAUAUUUGUGAAGGCUCAUGUUUCCAGUCUGCUUUAAGAUUAAGUGUUAGCUUUACUCAUUGCUGCUGUUGCUCUCUCUUACCCGCUCCCCCACACACUGGCACUCUAUCAGAAAUAUUAAUUUUUUAAUGUAGAUGUAAUUUUAAAUAUGAAUGGCUACUUUACACAUUUAACUAGGCUUUUACUAUAUAUGUAUAUAUGUGUAUAUAUAUAUAUUUGAUUCUACCUGCAAA